AUGACCGCAGAUGUUCUAAAAGCAUUGCCUCCUGAUGUGCGCACUCUUAAACUAACCGGACAUGUUGGUUUUGACAGUCUGCCAGAUCAAUUGGUCAACAAGGCUAUCAGCCAAGGGUUCGUGUUUAAUAUUCUAUGUGUCGGUGAGACAGGAAUUGGGAAGUCCACUUUACUAGAGACUCUGUUUAACCAGAAGUUUGAUUUCAGUCCAUCAAGUCAUGAUCUUGCAGAUCCCAAGUUAAAAGCUGUGACAUAUGAUCUCAAAGAAGCUAAUGUUAAGCUUAAGUUAACGGUAGUAGAGACUUGUGGGUACGGUGAUCAGAUCAAUAAAGAAAAUAAUAUAAGACCUGUUGUUGAUUAUAUCGAUAACCAGUUUGAAAACUAUCUACAGGAAGAACUGAAAAUGAAAAGGUCUAUGCAAGCAUUUCAUGACACACGGGUUCAUGUCUGUCUUUAUUUUAUUGCACCUACUGGACACAGUCUAAAGUCAAUUGAUUUGGUCGCAAUGAAAAAAUUGGAGAACAAAGUUAAUGUCAUCCCUAUAAUAGCAAAAUCAGAUACAAUAACCAAAUCUGAAUUACAAAAAUUUAAAGCAAGAAUCCUCAGUGAAAUACAGUCUAAUGAAAUUGGUAUUUACCAGUUUCCCACUGAUGAUGAAGCUGUUAGUGAAACUAAUAGUGUAAUGAAUCAACAUAUCCCGUUCGCUGUUGUGGGUAGCUCAGAAGAAGCUAAAAUCAAUGGAAAAACAGUACGUGUUCGACAAUAUCCAUGGGGUUCAGUUCAAGUAGAAAACGAAAAUCACUGUGACUUUGUCAGACUUCGAGAGAUGCUAUUACGUGUGAAUAUGGAAGAUUUACGUGAACGUACCCAUGGUGUACAUUAUGAGACUUAUCGACGUCAACGCUUAAUCGAAAUGGGAUUUCGUGAUGAUGAAAAAAUGUCACUUCAGGAAACCUAUGAAAAGCGUCGUGAGCUUCAAAGAAAAGAAUUACAACAAAAGGAAGAAGAAAUGAGACAAAUGUUUGUUCAACGUGUUAAAGAAAAGGAACAAGUUUUAAAAGAGGCAGAACGUGAGCUACAAACCAAAUUUGAAAGUUUAAAGAAAACGCAUGCUGAGGAAAAGAAGAAACUUGAAGAAAAGAAACGCUUUUUGGAAGAGGAAAUAGCUGCCUUCGAACGUCGAAAGCAGCUUGCGGAACAAGCAAGACAAGGAAAUCUAACUAUGAAAAAAAGGAAAUGA